AUGAGAUAUUUUCCCGCGUUUCGAAGAAGUGUCAGAGAUGUAUUGAGACCAGAACACAAUGAUCACUUCUUGCUGAGAUGGCUAAGAGCUAGACAAUGGAAUCCCGAGGCGGCAGAAAAAAUGCUCAGAGAUUCGAUGAAAUGGCGCGAAAAAUGGGGCGUUGAUACUACGCUAGCAAACUGGGAAGCACCUGAGGUUUUAGAAACUCACUUCCCUAGUGGAAGUACCGGCUUCGACAAAGAGGGGUCGCCAGUAAUAAUAGUACCAUUUGUCGGUUAUGACAUUUGGGGACUAUUGCAUUCGGUUACGAGGAGCGACCUCAUUCGAAUGAUUAUCAGGCAUCUGGAGAACUACCUAGAAAUAGCCAAAAAACAGGCGCAGACACAUGGACCUAAUGCUUUAACGGUUACAGUCAUAUUCGAUUUAGAAGGAUUCAGCAUGCGUCAGUACGCGUGGAAACCUGCCGCUGAAUUGGUCUUCACUCUCCUACAAAUAUAUGAAGCCAACUACCCCGAGAUAUUGAAAACGUGCUUCAUUGUGAAUGCUCCAAAGGUAUUUUCACUAGCAUUUUCCGUGAUAAAGAAAUUCAUGCACGAUAACACCAUAUCAAAGAUACGCAUAUACGGCUCUGAUACGAAGAAAUGGCAGGCGCAAAUACUAGCGGUCAUAGAAAAGGAUCAGAUACCACUACACUAUGGGGGCUCUCUGGUAGACGAGAAUGGCGAUCCCAGGUGCAGUUCAAUUGUAAAACAGGGUGGAAAAGUACCAAAGAAGUUCUAUGCGAAGAACGUCCUUGCUGAUACUGAAAAAGAGUAUACAAAGGUAACGGUCAAGACCGGGGAGAAACAUGUCGUCGACCUGAUAUGUGCGGAUGAUGAAAGUGUAUUGAAAUGGGAAAUCGGCGUAGACAGCCACGAUAUAAAGUUCUGUAUAAAGAAGAGAGAUCAAGAUGGUAAUGAGACUGUGAUACAUGGGCCCAAGAAGGUUUCUGAAGGUCCAGUCGAUGUUGGAGUGCUGCCUGUCACAGGACCUGCUACUUAUUCGAUCAUCUUCGACAACAAAAGUUCUUUCUUACGGAGUAAGAAAAUAUAUUACGAUGUCCUUAUAGCAAUUCCUUCGCGAGAUCUCAACAUCAACGAUAGUCCUGAUGAAGAAGCUAAC